CUGUACAGGAUUCCCACCUUAUCAGUUGAUUCUGUCUGCACAGGGGUUUUGAUCAGAAACAGUAGUUAGUAACUAGGGUUUUGCAAAUCAAAAUCAAAAUCAAAAUCAUUUCAAUUCAAUCAAAAAUUAUAAGUAAAUCAACCGGAAACAGCUUGAAAAAAUGGGCGCUCAAAGAAAAGGAGGCGGAGGAGGAGGCGGAGGAGCUAGGGUUAAUGACGACGCCGACGACUUAUCUCGACAUCCAUUACAAGCCAUUCUGUUAGCCGAUAGCUUCACCACUAAGUUCCGUCCAAUCACUCUCGAACGCCCUAAAGUUCUGUUGCCGCUGGUGAAUGUGCCGAUGAUUAAUUACACUCUGGCUUGGCUUGAAUCGGCUGGAGUUGAAGAGGUGUUUGUUUUUUGCUGUGCACAUUCGCGGCAAGUUAUUGAUUAUUUGGAGGAUUCGGAAUGGUUUUCGCAGCCAAAUUUUACCGUUACUACUAUUGAAUCACAUAAUUCUAUUAGCGCUGGUGAUGCGCUGCGUUUAAUUUACGAACGUAAUGUGAUACAUGGUGAUUUUGUGCUUGUCAGUGGGGAUACAGUAAGCAACAUGUCACUAACACAAGCAAUUCAAGAGCACAAAGAAAGAAGGAAAAAAGAUAGUAAUGCAGUAAUGACUAUGGUUAUUAAACAGUCAAAGCCUUCUCCAGUCACUCACCAGUCACGACUUGGCACUGAGGAAUUAUUCAUGGCUAUCGAUCCUUUAUCGAAGCAGCUCUUGUAUUACGAGGAGAAAGCUGACCUUUUAAAGGGUGUUAUUCCUCUUGAUAAUAUGUUGUUUGGGGAUAACACUUCAAUUUCUCUUCAUAAUGAUAAGCAGGAUUGUUACAUAGACAUAUGCUCCCCAGAAGUUCUGAGUCUUUUCACUGAUAAUUUUGAUUACCAACACCUGCGCCGUCAUUUCUUGAAGGGACUGCUUGUUGAUGAUAUUAUGGGUUACAAAAUAUACACUUAUGAGAUUCACUCAAGUUAUGCGGCUAGGAUCGAUAACUAUCGAAGUUAUGACACCAUCAGUAAGGACAUUAUUCAGAGGUGGACAUACCCAUUUGUGCCAGAAGUGAAUUUCUUUGGAAAUUGUGCAAUGAAGGUUGAGAGAGGGGGGAUGUACAGAGCAGCAGAAAUAGAGCAAUCACGUUCUGCACAAAUUGGUCCUUUUACCCUUGUUGGAAAAGGGACGAGAAUUGGGGACAACACAAAGAUUUCACAUUCUGUUAUUGGAAAAGGCUGUGUAAUUGGAUCAAAUGUCUCAAUAGUGGGUUCAUAUAUAUGGGAUGAUGUCACUAUUGAAGAUGGGUGUCAGCUAAGGCAUGCAAUUGUAUGUGAUGGCGUGAUUAUAAAAUUAGGUGCAGUUUUGGAACCUGGUGUAGUGUUGUCUUUCAAGGUAGUAAUUGGACAGCAAUUUGUCGUCCCUGCCUACUCAAAAGUGUCUUUACUUCCACAGCCAACUGCGCAAGAUAGUGAUGAAGAAUUGGAGUAUGCUGAUAAUAACAAUGGACCAUUAGAUUCUUCAAUAACAGGUACUAUUAGCGAUUUGAAUGCCAAAAUGACAUCUGAAUUAUCUGGGGCUGAACACUUGCCAGCUUCAGAGCUUGGGCGUGGUGGUGCUGGUUAUAUUUGGUCAAUUUCUGAAGGAGGCCAUGAGGAUGAUUGGAGGCAUUCCGUUGCACCCAUUCCUGCUGAUAAACUUGCAGAGGCCAUGCAAGCUAUAGAAGAUGAUUUGGAAUUAUUGAAUCUGGAUGGCAGUGCUUUAUCACCUUCUGGAGAGUUGUUACCUGACUCUAAUAGUAACGAUUCUGAAGGUGAUGAUGAUUCUAGAGAUGAUAGUUUUGAGAAAGAGGUUGAAGCAACUUUUUUAAGGGCUGUUCAUGAAAAUAUCAAAGAUGAUGAUGUCAUCCUUGAAAUGAACUCACUUCGGUUGUCAUAUACCAAAACCUCUUCAGACUGUGCUGGAGCAAUAUUUUAUGCAAUGAUGAAGUUGGCAUUAGAAAAUCCGUAUGUUGCUAGUGCCGAACUCUGCAAAAAUGUUACCAGUAUUUUAAUUACAUGGCAAAAGCUGCUAAAGUUCUAUGGAAAAGAAAUAGAUAGCCAGAUUGAAAUGAUUUUGAGAUUUGAAGAAAUGUGUAUGGAGUCUGCUAAGGAGUUCGCACCAGUUUUUGUCCAGAUUUUGAAUGUUUUAUACGAGAAAGACAUUGUUGACGAGGAUGCCAUUUUAAGUUGGGCUGAUGAGAAAAAAGAUGCAGAAGAAUCAGAUAAAUUUUUUGUCAUGCAAUCAGAAAAAUUUAUUCAGUGGUUGCUCAAUGCAUCUGAAGAAGAAGACUGAGAAUGGAAAGAUACUGAUUCGAGAUUGUAAAAAGGCUGAUUUGAAUAUUUGGCAAAUUGAUGUAUUAUCCAUGAUACCCGAUCCAUAGUUGUAUUGAGGACAAUGAGCAACUGCAAAUUCUUGGGAUCAAGUAGAGUGGUUAGAGUUCCGUAUUUCUGAUGUGGUUCCGUUCGCCAACUUUGAGGUGAUAAGCAAUACGGGUUCAUGAGUAGAAAUCAAUCUUGGCAAUCUCAGGUGGGGGAGGGAGGGGUGUGAAAUCAUAUGUAGCUGAAAGAGUAUUUCUCAGUUCCAACGGCAAUGAUUAGUCCUUUAACACUUGAAAUUUGAUGUUGUUUAGGUUGUAAUCAUGUCCAGUUUGAGUAACACUUUUAAGUAGGAGUGUGCAAAAAUUUAACUGGACUGGAAAAUCAAUUUGAAUCGGACUAAAUAUAGGCAGUUUGGUUUAUUUA